UACAAACAGCAACAACCUUAUAAACUUCCGGUUUCUAACAAAAUCGAAAAAAUGAUAAAUCUCGGAUAAAUUGCGUUUUAUCAACAUGUUAUGGGAAGAGGGAACGUAAAGAGAAAGUUAUGAACAAACACCAUAUAGAAGCUUUGUUUAAAAGUGUUUAAAACACAAGCGAAGAACAAUAUCAAGAAAUAUCCAAAUUUUGUCAGUUGUUCAAGAUACUCUAUGAUUUGGGCUUAACACCGUUCUAUUUCUGUUCUUGUUGUCAAGCAUAAAGUGUGAAAACUUACAACCACCUAAUAAACGAAAGAAGCAUACAUCAUGGAUAAAUACAUGAAAGUCAGAAAAAUUGGAGAAGGUGCAUUUGGAAAGGCAGAUCUGGUGAAAUUAAAAAAGGAUGGCAGCCAGUGUGUCAUCAAAGAAAUCAGUAUAAUGAGGAUGAAUUCCAAGGAAAGGACAGAGGCCAGAAAAGAAGUGUCAGUGUUAGCUCAGUUACAACACCCAAACGUUGUAGCAUACAGAGAAUCGUUUGAAGAACAUGGCUGUCUGUAUAUAGUGAUGGAUUUCUGUUCAGGGGGUGAUCUGUAUGCUAAAAUCAACAAUCAGAGAGGAAUUUUGUUUAGUGAAGAUCAGAUAAUAGACUGGUUUGUACAGAUGUGUCUUGCAAUCAAGCAUAUACAUGACAGAAAAAUACUUCACAGAGAUAUAAAGUCACAGAAUAUAUUCCUGACCAGUAAAGGUAUGGUACAGCUGGGAGAUUUUGGUAUAGCUAAAGUACUCAACAGUACAGUGGAACUGGCUCGCACUUGUAUAGGAACACCAUACUAUCUUAGUCCAGAAAUCUGUGAAAACAAACCAUACAAUAAUAAAAGUGAUAUAUGGUCUCUAGGAUGUGUUGUAUAUGAACUGGCCACAUUGAAACAUGCAUUUGAAGCAGGAAAUAUGAAGAACCUUGUUUUAAAAAUCAUAAGGGGUUCUUAUCCACCAUUAUCACCAAAGUACAGUUAUGAACUAAGGAAUUUAAUUGCUCAGUUGUUUAAAAGGUCUCCAAGAGACCGUCCUUCCAUUAACUCAGUCUUAAAGAAGCCCAUUAUAUCACAGAGAAUUCCAAAGUUCCUCACUUCAGAUGAAUUACAAGCAGAGUUCAGUCACACAGUAACGCAUGGUCAGAAGCUAGGACGUGCCCUCCCUCCCCCGCCUAAUCCAGCAUCUAGACCACCAUCUGCUGCAAGAAAUAGACCUGAGGUUGGAGGUCCAGCAGUAGCUGCAGCUGCUAAAAAAUAUGAUCCCUCAAGAAUCUAUGGAGCACCUGUGGUCAGGAAAUCCAAAGAAAAUAGGGCUCCAGCUGAUAUGAAAAAGAGACCAGGUAGUGCUGGUUCCCGACCAGGCAGUGCAGCUGGUUCCCGACCAGGCAGUGCAGCUGGUUCCAGGCCAGGCAGUGCUGCUGGAUCUCGGCCUUCUAGUAGUCAGAUAAAGCAAAAGCCAGCAAAUGGAGUGACACCUCAUUCACCAUCAUAUAAGGACUUACAGAGAAAAAAGCAAGAGAUGAUGGAGAAGGAAAGAAAAAGAAGAGAAGAAGCAAGAAAGAGAGAAGAUGAGCAGAAAAGAAAGAACUAUGAGAAAAGACACAAAGAUCUGAUAGAGAAACAGAAGAUGGCAAGAAUUAAUAGGUCAAGGGAAGAAGGUUGGAACAAUGUACUGAGUUCUCUAGACUCUGAUAGAAGUGGGAAGGAUGAGAAAGAUCAAGCCAGACCUGCUGCCCCUCCACCAGCACCAGCUCCAAGGCCUCUGGGAGGUCCAGGGGGUGACUACAAUGCAAAUGUAGGUCAAGAGAAAGGGAGGUAUGACCACUACAAUGAUUACCUGGAUAAGUUACAGAGGGACAGAGAUGUAUGGCAGAGACAGGAGGGAGUCCCUGCAAAAGCCCCAGCUGUUUCAUAUAUGGCUGCACCAAGACCCUUACCUGGGGCCCCUAAACCAGCCCCUGUUUGGAGACGAGCCCCUGAAGUCCCACAACCAACACCAAUGUAUGCUGCUCACAACCAAAGAGCUCAGAACCAGGCAGAAGAGCGUGCUCGACUUGUUGAUGAUUUCAUAAAUCGUAAGAAAGAGGCAGCUAUGAACAAGAACCGUGGACAAGCCCAGCUGUUUGGACCAUCUCAAGCUCAGCAAAGAAGACCACCAUCAGCCAAUAGAGGUAGCAAUGACCAGCCCCAGCAACAGAGACCAUCUUCAGCAGCAUCUUCUCGUUACCGUGAGGAACAGGAAUACCUGGAUAAGCUAAGACAGAUACGGCAGCACAACUAUAAUGAGAGACGUAACAUUCAGGCCAAAAUUGCAGCUGACAAAAACCCUGACGCUGCUGAAGAGAGAAAGAAAAAGGCAGAAGCUUUGAAGAAACAAGCUGAAGACUGGGCGAAGCAGAGAGCUAGUGUGUUAGAGAAGAAGAAACAGGAACUGUUUGAACAACAAAGACAACUGAGAGAGGUUAGACAGAGACCUGGUGUACCAGUAAAACCCAGUCCAGCUGUGCCUAUGACAGGGGCAAUCAAUGCUAUAGGGGCCACGCCUAGAGUGGUACCAGCAGCUAGUCCUGCACCACCAGGGCCAGCAAUGACCAAUGUGCUAGGAGCUAUUGGGGUUACACCAAAGGUGGUACAAGAAGAGGAAGACAGAGCUAAGACACCAAUCCAAAAACAGAAGGAAGAAAUUCUAAGGAAAUUAAACCAAAAGGGUUCUCCGAGCAAGACAGAGGAGGCGAAGGAAUCAGCAAGGUCUAAAUGGGGUGCUGUUGGAGACAUUAAAUUAGCUGAGGCUGUUGAAGAAGAGAGUGCAAGGUCACAAUGGGGCGGAGCUCCUAGCCUUGACCUGGGUAAACUUACUUUGGAAGAGACGGCCUCUCAAAUGGAAGUAACAAGUGCCAGAGACCGUGUCAUAGUAAAUCCAGACUCAGCACGGAGACAGUGGGGUCGACCAGGUGCAACAGUCAUCAAUGCCUUACAGGGUGUUCCUCUAGCUGAACAAACAAUGGCCAGUGAUAAAUCAGAGGAAGGAGUGAGUUCAGCAUCAUCUACAGGUGAAAGUCCAGCCACACCAGCUGUAGGUGCUACUAUAACUAUAUCCAAAACUCCUGUUAGAAAAGGAACCAUCACUAUUCGCACUGCUGAUCAAAAUAAAGCAGUUGCUGAGAGCACAAAUCAAAACACUCCCCCAUUAUCACCCAGUGAAGCAGCCCCAUCAAACCUUUCACCUGUCCCAGAAACCAGACGUGAAACAAGCUCUUCGCCAGUGAAGGAGAAAACCUCACCAAGAGCUUCUCCUGUUAGACAAACUGAAUCUCCAUCAAAGGAGAGUAUUAAAGACUCUUUAUCCAAUGAAGAAUCAAAAUCUGGACAAUUAGAAAACAAGAGUGUCUCUGAGGACAAAGUGGAAACCCCACAAGAACAGAUCAGCCAAUCAGAGAAUGUUGUUCAGCAGAAGCCACCCCUACCUGACAGGAAACCACCUAUAGGGGAGAAGCCAUUAGUAUUGCCUAAACCAGUAUUAUUACCCAAACCUGAUAAACCCAUGCAAUUUGGUCAGGGUGUUCCAGUGUCAGUUAAGAGUGAGGGAGCAGGAUCAUUGUUUGAGAAAGUAGAGUUAGAGGAUGAUAAUGAAGAAAAUAUACAGGAACCAACAAAAAUAGAAAAGGGAGAGGACAAUGUUACUGUGAAAGAGUAUUCAGAUAGUGAGAAGCCAAAGUCUGGUUUGGUGCUUGGUAUUACAAUGGGAAGUUUUGAUAUUGGUCACAGGGAGUUGUUGAGGACAUGCUCAGAACCCGACCUUGCCAGUCUAUUCAGGACAAUGAAUGCAGAUACCCCAAAUGUGAGAGUUAAAAGUUUGGAUGAUAUGUCAACUGUCAAUGAAGAGGAUGAUUAUGACAUGGAGGAUGUAUGCAGCAGUAUGGAGAAGGCAGUAGAAAAUGCAGAUAAUGAGAAAGAUUCUGAAGAAAAAGAUGAAGGAGGUAAACAAGAGGAUGAUAAGAAGAAUAAAGAACAACCAGAUGAUGAAGAUCAGGAGAACUUUGAUGAUGAAGAAGAUGAGGAUCUUGCAGACUUGAUGAGUGUCAGGGAAACAAUGCAGAGUCUACUCAUAGAUGAUUCUGAAGAUGAUGUGAAGAAAUCACCGAUAAAGUUCAGUUUGUCCAGUGACAGAGAAAGUCGUGGUGACACUAAUGAUGGUGAUGUAGAUGAUACAGAAGAAGAUAACAUGGAUGGGAAGUCUGAGGAUGAAGACAAAGAUGAUGAGGGAGAAGAGGAAGGUGGAGAAAAUGAGGGAGAUGAGCAGGGAUCUGAUGAGGAAGAUGUGGAGGAUGAGUCUAACAAAGAGGAAAAUGGUGAUGGUGAGAAUCAGGAUGACGAAGACUCAGAUGUACGUCGCUCUCACUCUGUUGAUAAUGAAAACCCACAAACACCUGAUGAAAGUGCAGAUGAUUUUAUGUCAGAAAUCCUAGGUGAAGAUGACAGUGAUAGUGAGUUUGAUGAUGGUGAAGAGGCCGGAGAUUUUGAUCUGUUUGGCAGGCUUGAAGAAUCUCGUGCUCAACUUGAGGAAGAACUAGGCGCUGAAAAACUUAUACAAGUUUAUAAAACUGUACAGGCAUUACAGGAAGAUGAGGAUGAGAAUAUGGAAGAAGGAGCUAAAAUUGCUCAAGAUCUGCUCGGAGAGGAAAAGGUACAUCUGUACCCAAAAAUAUUCCAGCUUGUCAUGGCUGAUGCUGCCUUUACUGAUGACAGUGCCUUUGAUUUUGAUGAAUUAGAUGAUGAAUUAGAUUCACCAUUCACAAAUAACCUAAGUUGAUGACUGUUAAUGGAGUAUUGAGAAUGGUGCACACUGCAUUUGGAAAACAAAAAAUGAUUGAAAGCAGCCAGUGCAACUUGGUACGGGGAUAGAAUUAUACUCUGUCGGAUACUGACUUGUUGUGUCAUAAUCAUAUAAGACACUGUCAGUUUGAAAGGGACUUUGUCUAUGUUGCUAGACUAAUUACGUACGCUUUAUAAUAUUGCAGCUUUUUUCUUGUUUGUAAAAAAUAAAUCACACAGUUUUUACAAUGAAGUUGAAAGCUGUUUUUGAAAAUUAUUUGAGACAGUGUUUUCAACAAUAUUUGUGUCGUUCACCCGACAGCUGGUGCAAUACAACAGUUCUGAAUUACUGCGUACUAAAAUACUUUAACAAUGUUGCGAUUUCUUUGUAAGGGUGACUUUAUUAAUAUGAAUGAUCUUAUAUAUAUGUUGUUUUUGAAAUUACAAUUUCAGCAAAUGAUGCGUAUAAAGUGUGUAUACUGCGAA